AUUUUAUUUUACAAAAAUAAUAUAUGUAUAACGAAUAGAUCAUUAACAACUAUUUCUAUCAUAGGAAGACAAUAAUAAUAUGGAUGUUUUUGACCAAACAACUAUCGAUGAUAUGUCAGAAGAGGAGGAUAUAACACCAUUGCCCGUCACAGAUUAUGAAACUAUGGCAAAUAAUAUUAUGCCCGAUCUAGGUCAAGAGAUAGAAGACUUUAAAUAUAACACAUGGCAUGUAACAAAUUGGCGGAAUUUAGAAGAGAGAAUAACAGGGCCAGAAUUCGAAGCUGGAAAUUGGAAAUGGCGAAUUUUACUAUUUCCCUUUGGAAAUAACAAUCAAGAUGUCGUUUCUAUUUAUCUUGAUUUUGCUGAUAUGAGGGCUCCGGAAGGUUGGCAUUCCUGUGUUCAAUUCGCUCUUGUCUUGUGGAAUCCUGAAGAUCCAACGCAAUAUAUUUAUCAUCACGCGCAUCAUCGAUUUACUGCCGAAGAAUCGGACUGGGGAUUUACACGGUUUUAUUGCUUACGCAGACUGUUAACCCCUUAUGGAAGCCGAACACGUGCAAUAAUUGAAAAUGAUUCGGCCAAUAUUACGGCGUUUGUGCGAGUAUUCAAGGAUCCUACAGGUGUCUUAUGGCAUAAUUUCAUUAAUUAUGAUUCAAAGAAAGAGACAGGAUAUGUAGGAUUGAAAAACCAAGGUGCUACAAGUUACAUGAAUUCACUACUACAGUCACUUUAUUGUACGACUUAUUUCCGUAAGGCAGUUUACCAAAUUCCCACAAAAGAUGACGUACCAACAAAAAGUGUCUCUUUGGCAUUACAACGAAUUUUCUAUCAAUUGCAGAUAUCGAAUACUCCGGUUAAAACGACGGAAUUGACGAAAUCUUUUGGAUGGGAUUCAGCAGAUUCCUUUGUACAGCACGAUGUACAAGAAUUUAACAGAGUAUUGCAAAAUAAUCUUGAAGGCAAAAUGAAGAAUACAAAAGCCGAUGGUGCGAUUACCAAGCUUUUUGUUGGUAAAAUGAAGAGUUAUAUCAAAUGUGACAAUGUGGAUUAUGAGUCCUCUUGUGUUGAAGAUUAUUAUGAUAUUCAGCUGAAUGUGAAAGGUUGCAAGACUUUAAGAGAUUCUUUCAAGGAUUAUAUUCAAGAAGAAACAUUGGAAGGCAAUAAUAAGUAUCAAGCAGAAGGUCAUGGGUUACAAGAUGCCAAAAAAGGUGUUAUCUUUGAAAGCUUCCCUCCAGUUUUACACUUACAACUUAAAAGAUUCGAAUAUGAUUACCAAAGUGACACAAUGGUUAAGAUUAAUGAUCGUCACGAAUUUCCGAUGGAAAUUGACUUAGAAGAGUUUCUAUCGGAGAAUGCAGAUAGAUCAAGUCCUCAUAAAUAUCUAUUACACGGUGUACUUGUUCAUUGCGGUGAUUCACAUGAAGGCCACUACUUUUCUUUACUUAAACCUGAAAAAGAUGGCAAAUGGUUUAAAUUUCAUGAUGACCGCAUCACUCGUGUAGUAGAUAAGGAAGUACUUGAGGAUAAUUAUGGUGACGAAUAUCCAAAUGCCAAUAUUAUUAAAGUUCGUUCAACUAAGAUUCAUAAACGAUUUACCAACGCUUACAUGUUAGUCUAUAUUCGUGAAUCACAUGUUGACGAGAUAUUGUCCCCUGUAGUUCCCGAGGAUAUACCUGAACAUUUACAGAAACGUUUGGAACAGGAAAGGGCCAUUGAGGAACAAAAGAGGAAAGAGAUGGAGGAGAGACAUCUUUAUCUUACCGUCAAGAUUGUGACUACUGAAAAAUUCAAAGUUCAUCAAGGAUUUGACCUUGCCAACUUUGAUGAUCGUCAAUAUCCACUUUCUGAAGUGUAUGUGUAUAAGAUUCUAAAAAGUGAUACCUACAGGUCUUUUAAAGAUUUUGCUUCUCGAAAUUUCAAUAUUCCUCCAGAACGAGUAAGAUUCUGGGUUUUUGUAAAUCGUCAAAAUAGAACUGUUCGACUUGAUGCUCCAAUACCAGAACUUUAUAUCAAUACUAGUAUGGAACAAAUUUGUGCAAAUAUGACUACUCGGCGGAAUGGAAUGGAGUUGUAUAUGGAAGUAGCAGACAAGCCAAUUAAGCGCAAGAAAUGGUUCCCUACUGUUCCGAAAGCAAGUCGCAUAAUUGUUUUCCUCAAAUAUUUUGAUCCUGACAAACAGACUUUAGAAGGUCUAGGUCAUUUGUAUAUACAAAAGUUCGGUAAGGUGGGCGACAUUACUCGCGUCCUAUGUGAGAAAAAGGAAUUUCCACCAGAUACUCCUUUAAAAAUUUACGAAGAAGUCAAACCAAAUAUGAUCGAAGAAAUGCAUCUCGAAUUCACUUUUCAACAAUCAGAGAUACAAGAUGGUGAUAUAAUUUGUUUUCAAAAGGCUUUAACAGAAAGAGAAAUCCAAGAGCAUAGAUCAGUUUGUCGUUGUUGGAAUAUUCCUCAUUUCUAUGAAUCAUUGGCCUUACGUAUUGUUGUUUCGUUCAAGCCAAAAUUGGAAGAUCGGUAUUUAAAACCCGAAUUGACUUAUGAGCAGGUAUCUUAUUCUGAAUUUGACCUAAUUUUAAAUAAAAAAUGGACAUAUGAUCAGGUUUCUGGAGCAGUUGCCACUCAUUUGAAUACGGAUCCUCUUAAACUACGAUUUACCACAGCACAUUCGACAUCUAGUACACCAAAAAGUGUCAUCAAACGAACCACCGCUCAUACCCUUUCAGAGAUGCUUCAAACUGUAUAUUUGUCACCACCAGCUUAUGUCUUAUUCUAUGAGAUGCUGAACAUUAGUAUCGUAGAAUUAGAAACGAAAAAGUUCAUUGAAAUUUAUUGGCUUGGAAACACAGUUAAAGAUGAAGAAGCAAUUGAUCUUUGUCUUCCAAAGAAUGCAAUUGUGAAUGAUAUAAAAAAAAUCCUAAAAAAUGAAAAGGUGACACUAUCAUCACCAUGCUCUAGAAUCAGGCUAUUUGAAGUUCAUCACAAUAAGAUUCAAAAGGAAUAUACAGGAACCGAACCAAUAGAGAGAAUACAAGAACAUGCGACAUUAUACGCAGAGGAAAUACCUCAUGAUGAAAUUUAUGCCAAUCAAAAUGAUCGGACUAUUCAAGUAUAUCAUUUCACAAAGGAUCCGUUAUGUUUACAUGGAAUUCCGUUCAAAUUUGUUAUUAAAAAUGGCGAGACACUUGCGGAUACUAAAGUACGCCUUCGACAUCGGCUUGGUAUGAGUGAAAUAGAUUUUUUGAAAGUAAACAUUGCAAUUAUGCCGAGAACCUCAUACGCAAAAUCGACUUAUCUUUUUGGCGAUGAUAUAGUCUUAUCAGAAAUGAAAUUAUCCAAUGAAGAUUGUCUGGGACUUGAUCACCCAGAUAAAACUGGUCGUACGGAGAAAGUUAUUUUUAUUCGAGGCUAAUAUAUUGAUUUUAUAAAUGAAUUGUUAAGUUAAUCCACUCUUUAACAUCUUGUUACGCGUCCGCCCACACCUCAUCCGUAAUACAUAAUAUUGUAUUUUAAGAAAAAUAGUUUAUUAUAAAUUUUUCGAAUUAGUCCUUGUACAUUAUUCCUUGUAAACUUGUAAAAUUAUUGAGAGAAUUAUAAUCUAUAAAAUCCAUUAACUCAAAAUUAAAUAAUCGGAAAUUCGGAUUAAAUUUAAAAUUUUU